AUAAUUUCCUCGUAGUUUGUCUGGAUUCACUGCUAAUCUGCUAUUAAGCUGGUUUGAAAUCUCGCAUUUUAACAAAUUGUUUCCUCCCCUGAUCGCUCUCCUUUUCUCACUGGUCAUAUCUCAAUGGCAAGUUCAACAUCUGCAGUCAACAGAAGGUUGGAAGGAAAGGUGGCGCUGAUAACUGGUGGAGCAAGCGGCAUUGGCAAACGCACUGCAGAAAUCUUUGUCGAGCACGGAGCCAAAGUAGUGAUCGCAGACAUCCAAGAUGAUCUGGGAAAUUCUAUUGUUGAAUCCAUAGGACCAUCAACAUGUUCAUACAUCCAUUGUGAUGUCACCGAUGAGAACCAAGUCAAAAACGCCGUUGACACCACCGUAGAAAAACAUGGCAAAUUAGACAUCAUGCUCAACAAUGCUGGCAUAGGCGGUCCCAACGACGCCCGAAUCAUCGACAAUGACAAAGCUGAUUUUGAGCGCGUGCUCAGCAUCAACCUCACAGGUGUUUUCUUGGGCACGAAGCACGCGUCCCAGGCCAUGAUAUCAGCUCGCAGCGGCAGCAUCAUCAACAUGGCUAGCAUAAGCUCUUACGUUGGUGGUGCUGCCUCGCAUGCCUAUUGUUGUGCCAAGCACGCCAUCGUUGGUUUAACUAAAAACACAGCGGUGGAGCUUGGACAGUUUGGGAUUAGGGUGAAUUGCUUGUCACCUUACGCUUGUGCUACUCCUUUGGCCACCAAGUUCAUUGGGGUUAAUGAUGAGGUGCUUGAGAAUGUUAUGAACUCGCUGGCAAAUCUCAAAGGUGUGACUUUGAAAACUGAUGAUAUUGCAAAUGCAGCGCUGUUUUUUGCUAGUGAUGAUUCAAGGUAUGUGAGUGGGCAUAAUUUGCUCAUAGAUGGGGGAUUUAGCAUUGUUAAUCCCUCGUUUGGUAUGUUUAAAUACUGAGUCUUGAUUUUGUUGAUUAUUCUGGAGAAGCAAGGUUGGAAGCAGGGAAAAGCUUCAAAUAAAGACUCAUAUUGAGCUAGUGCUUGUGGAAUAUUGGGCUCUGAUUGUAUUGUUCAAUUGUUACAUGCUUGGGCUUCUUUGUAUUUGUGAUUUUUAAUUUUAUUUUCACUAUAUCGCAAUUCUGACUCGCGUGUAUAAUGAAAUGAAGUAAUUUUUUUAAGGGUGCCAUUUUUUGAAGAUCAAUCUUUUGGCCGAGGGGUUUAAAUAACCACUGCCAACACCCAUUGGGUAUUUGUGAUCCGGAUGAUCCUACAUGAUGCUUAGUCCUCUUUUGUAUUUGUGAUCUUGAAUUCAUCUAAUUAAAAUCAAGGAGUUCUUAUGAGUUUGACUCCCGAAAAGAAGUUGCAACUUGUUGUUAUGAGUAGAGUACCAAUCAAAUCAUUUAUGCCCUCCUCAACAGUAUAGUCACAUACCUAUACAGUCUCGGAGUACCUCUUGUUCGGGUGUGAGAUCGGUUCAUUCAUGUGCCCCUCUGCCUAGAAGCCUGCCAGGAGUCGCUCCUUGUCCGUGCCUCACUGCAUCGGCGAUCACUUUGCGCCCUCGUCGGCCCCGGGUGUCACAAGCCCACCAGCUUCCGCUUGGUUCGUCCCCGAACCACACCGUACUAGGAGAUGUCGGCUCUGAUUCCAUUUGUAACAUCCUGACUUGGCGACUGACCCCAUUGUAACAACACGAGUCUUUUCAGCGUACUCUGUCCUCACUUGCACACUUCCCGAGAAAACUUCCCAGGAGGUCACCCAUCCCAGUAUUACUCCAAGGCUAGCACACUUAACCAUGGAGUUCUUAUGAGUUGGGCUCCCGAAAAGAAGUUGCCACUUGUUGUUAUGAGUAGUACCAAUCAAAUCAUUUAUGCCCUCCUCAACAGUAUAGUCUCAUACCUAUACAGUCUCGAAGUAUCUCUUGUUCGGGUGUGAGAUCGGUUCAUUCAUGUGCCCCUCCGCCUAGAAGCCUGCCAGGAGCCGCUCCUUGUCCGUGCCUCACUGCACCGGCGAUCACUCCGCGCCCUCGUCGGCCUCGGGUGUCACAAUUACCCACAAACAAAGGAUUUUUUUAUAUCAGAAACCUCAACUUGAUGAGCAUUACAUAACGUUAUAACACUCUCCAAUAGUUGUUUACUUGAUUCUAGCUAUUGUCAUACUUGAAGAAGAUAUUUAGUUGUUGACACAAGAUUCAAAAUAUUAAGUAUAUUUUGAGAA